AUGAGUCGACGGAAUGGCAACCUUCUCAAGGGUGUUGUUGUCUCUGCAACACUUUUGUGCGGUGUCUAUUUUAUAUAUAUUUAUAACAAUACAAGCGGUAAACUGAAAUCGACGGAACGACUUGCAGAAAGGUAUCGUCGAGAACAAGAAUCGUUGCGUACACAACUCCAAGAGUUAACAUCAGCUAAAGAUGAUUUACAACAGAGGACUGAUAAUGAAAAAAAAGAAUUUAUAAACAGAUUAAGUACAUUAAACCAGCACCAUAAAAUGCUCAAGAGUCAACAUGAUGACCUACAAGCAGAUUAUAGUCGACUACAGUCGGAAAAAGAAAAGGAUAAAGAGGAUACAAAGCUACAGGAAGUUCAGAGGAAUCAAGAAUACAUGCAGUUAAAACAAGAAAAAGAAUUAGAAAUCUCAAGUUUACGGGAUCAAUUAGCAAAUCUUGGCAGAGAUAAGGAAGAUUUGACAGAACAGAUAAACAAAUUAGCAACCCAGCUCAAAGAUAGUCAGGAGCAGGUUAAACAACAGAAUCUACAGCUAGCUCAAGCUCAAAAACAACUGGAGCAAGCACAACAGCAAGGGGGACAACUCCAAGGACAACAACAGCCGCAGCAGGGACUAUUACAACAGCAACAGGGGUUACAACCCCAACAACAACAAGGGCUACUUCAACAAAACAAACCACUACUUAAUCAGCAACAGGUCCAACAAAACCUUCAAUUUCAACCAGUCCAAGGACAGCUACAAAAUAAGGGAUUAUUUAUGGGGAACAACCCAAUAGUGGGAGAUCAUCAUAAUGUAGGGGGAGACAACUUAGCUGCUCAGCAUAAUCAGGUUGCUCAGGAGAUGCAACAACAGCAAGCUGUAGGUGGGAAAAAAAUAUCAGAUAAUUUGAUGGAACAGCAACAGCAACAACACCAAGUGCAGGCCCCAGAUCUGAACGCAGGCCAAGGAGAUAAGAAUCAUUAUGGAGAACAGAAGUUUGGAGCCAACCCAGAUCAGGUAAAGGUAAAACAAGAUGUCAAUGCUAAUGCUGUUUUGGAUGCAGAACAACAACAACAUCAGGUGGCUCCCCCUGGGGAGCAUAUCAAGGUAGAAAAGCCAGAUUCCAAUAUGGCCGGUGAGAUGGAUAAAAAUCCAUUUGGUGACAAAAGUAUGAAAAACAAGAAGGCUGAUUCCAACCAGGCUGGGGAAAUGGAGCCUGACCCAAAGGGAGAUAAACAAGUUGGACCUGCUCCACCAGCUAAUGACAAUGUAGAUCCACCCAAUGUCGAUGACAAUCCACAGCAAAAUAUUCCACCUCCCAGAGAGAGACCAGACCAACCAUUACCACAUAGGAAUAAUGAUCUCCUUGACGCAGAACAACAAGGACACCAGGUGGCUCCCCCUGGUGGUCACAUGAAAGUAAAAAAGGCAAAUAAGGAGGACUCCAAUGUGGCUGAUGAGAUGGACAAAAAUCAUGACAAUCAUAACUUAGCGAAUCAUGAUUCUAACCAGGCAGGAGAAAUGGAAGCUAAUGCGAAAGGGAAGGGAGAUAAAAAUGUGGGACCUGCUCCACCACUCAAUAAGGAUGUAGAACCACGCAAAAUAGCUGAGAAUCAACACACUCCAUCGCCCAAACAUGGCGGUAAAGUAAAUAAACAUAAAAGUGGCCGGCAACCCAGAUUGUUAAAUCAAGAAUCUAAAUUCCACUUUCCACACAAUCAUGCAUAGUGUCCUGAAUAUGGCUCCCUUAUAUAGAAUAACACAAUACAAGAUUGUGUAUCAAAUAGGAUAGGAAUCCAUUUCUUCCAAUGUGUAAAUAUAGCA